UGGUGGUGAUGGCUGCCGCUGCGUCCCUGUCCCCGGAGGAACUGCUGCCCAAGGGCACCUCGGGCAAGGCCGAGGAGCUGGAGGAUGAACUGGAAGAAGAGGACGACGACGAGGAGCUGGACGAGACGCUGGCGGAGCGGCUGUGGGGGCUGACAGAGAUGUUCCCCGAGAGCGUCCGCUCGGCAGCUGGAGCCACCUUCGACCUGUCGCUGAUGGUAGCGCAGAAGAUGUACAGAUUCUCCAGGGCAGCUCUGUGGAUUGGGACCACCUCUUUCAUGAUUCUGGUUCUUCCUGUAGUCUUUGAAACUGAAAAACUGCAGAUGGAGCAACAGCAGCAGCUGCAGCAGCGACAGAUCCUCCUUGGACCCAAUACAGGGCUCUCAGGCGGAAUGCCUGGGGCCCUGCCUCCACUGUCUGGAAAAAUAUAAUUUGUGAAAGCUGUGUUGGAUUCUUAUCGUGUGGAAAGACCUUGAAAUUACUAUACAUUGAACUGUUGAUUUAUUGGGUCAGGGCAUUUUUUUCUGUUAGUUUUUAUUUUUUGUUCUCCUUUGGGACAUUGACCUGUUCAUAAGAAGGUGGGGGGAAAUCCCCCCUUCUUGACCUGAUGAUGGCUCCUGUCUGCAUCCUCCUGCCAUAGAAGUCGUGAGUCUUUCCUUUUAUUCAAUCACUAUGCCAUAACCAGUUACAGACUUGAACUGGGAGAGUUCCUCUCCAGCCUCCUUGCCCCCACAAAACCACCUUGGGGCACAGGUCAGGCCUUGAAAGGUGGCAAACAAAACCUAUCCUUUCCUGGCUGACUUUGAGCCGAAGAACACCGGUGACAGGAGGAGGAGUGACUUCCCCAGCAAAGGAAGGAGGGGGUGCAGGUAGCUGUGCCUCGUGGAAAACGCUCUUUGGGAAGAAGCAUCUGCAAAAAUACUGUCACUGCAAUGCUGUGUGUGCGUGUGUGCGCCAGAGCCGAGGGAGCAGCAGGCCAGGUUCGAGACGAUCACACCCGCACUGAUCCUCUGCCUCAUAAAGUAGAACUUCAGAUAUCAGCUGCGUAUUUUUUGUAUUGAAUAUUAAAUAAAUCCAA